UAUAGUUAGUUGCAAUUUAAAUUUCAUCCAAACAACAUGGCAUUAGAAAUAAUUUUAAUUGCUUUGGCGGCAAUUACCGCAAUUUGUUACUUCUUGAAACAAUUAAUUGACAUGACAUUAGUGAUAUUCUACGUUAAAAAAAUGCCAGGUCCCCCGAAGUUCAAUUUAUUUUUCGGAAAUAUGCGUCCCUUGCAUAGCACUCCAGCCCAAAUUUUUAACGUCUUGCGAAAAUGGGGCCUAGAGUAUUACCCAAUUUACAAACUGUGGUUAUUUUUUGUAAGUGUCGCCAACAUACUGAGUCCGGAAGAUUUGGCGCUCAUUUUACCCGACAUGAAACACUCGAAAAAGAGCAAAGCUUAUGAUUUAAUCCGCAGAUGGUUAGGAAACGGUUUAUUGACAAGUUUUGGCACUCACUGGCAAGUGAGACGCAAAAUUCUAACUCCAGCUUUCCAUUUCAGUAUUUUACAAGACUUUAUUUUGACUUUUAACGAAAGUACGGAAGAGUUGGUCGAACUGUUGAAAAAAGAAGUUGAAAAACCGUUUGUUGAAAUAACUCCAUUGAUAACUCAGUUUACUUUAAAAGUUAUCGGAGAAACUGCAAUGGGUGUUAAAUUUGACUUUAGCACCAAACAAGCAAAAGAAUACAAAGAAGCUUUCCACAAACUUGUUUCUAUUGUGUUGCAUCGAAUUUUCCGACCUUAUUUAGCUUACGACAUUUUUUACGUCUUCAGCCCCAAAUUUUAUGAAGAAAGGAAGUUAUUAAAACUUUUGCACAACUUUACCAAUGACAUUAUCGCCAGAAGAAGGAACGAGUUUCAUCAAGGAACUGUCAAUACUCAAAAAAAGAAACGUUUAGCAAUGCUAGAUCUACUUCUGACAGCUCAAAAAGAAGAAGGAAUCAUCGACGACGAAGGAAUUCGUGAAGAAGUAGACACUUUUGUGUUUGAAGGCCACGAUACUGUUUCAGCAGCUAUCAAUUUUACUCUGAUGAUGCUCGCAAAUCAUCCAGAAGUUCAAGAAGAAAUCGUUCAAGAAAUGAAGGAUGUUUUAGGAGACAUAAAGAAGAAACCAGUUUACAAUGAUUUACAAGAGCUAAAAUACAUGGAACGAGUCAUUAAGGAAGUCCUAAGACUUUACCCAAGUGUCCAUUACAUUUCUCGAGAGCUGGGUGAAGAUAUGAUCACUACCACCGGUUAUAAAUUAAAGAAAGGAACAAUUUUGCAACUGCACAUCUACGAUCUUCAUUACAAUCCCGUCAUUUAUCCCGAACCAGAAAAAUUUGACCCGGAUCGCUUUCUACCAGAAAAUUGUGACAAAAGGCAUCCUUACGCUUACAUUCCUUUCAGUGCAGGUCCUAGGAAUUGUAUAGGUCAAAGAUUUGCGAUGUUGGAAUUGAAGGCAGUCCUCUGUGGUAUUUUAUCAAACUUUAAACCUGUGGAUACCCCUAAGAGUAUUGUUGUGGUCGAAGAUUUAGUUUUGAGGACUAAGGAAAAUAUCAAAGUCAAAUUUGUAUUAAGAGAAAUGUAAUCGUCGUUUGCGAAAAAAUUAUUAUUAUCCAACUACCAAAUUAAAAGUGUUUCGAAUUUGUUUGUGCACAUAAUUCAACCAUAGAUUAAGCAUUAAAAAUAAAGUGAUCCAUAUUUUUUAGUUA